AUGCCGUCCCGUUUAGCCAUCAGCACCAUGUCGCUCGGGCGAUGCUGGGCUGGCCACAGCUUUGAACACAAGAUGGACAUGGCGGCCAAGUAUGGCUACCAAGGCAUCGAGCUCUGGCACGAAGACAUGAUGGACGUCGCUGAGCAGUUGCCGGGCGGCGCUGCCCUGCUUGAGAACCAGCUCGCCGCUGCCGGUAUUGUCAAGAGGAUGUGUGACGCUCGCAACAUCGAGAUCCUCUGCCUCCAACCCUUUCAGCAUUUCGAAGGUCUCGUCGACCGUGAACAACACGCCCGCCGCGUCGAAGAGCUGCGUGUUUGGAUCCAGCUCGCCCACGUCCUCGGCACAGAUCUGAUCCAGAUCCCCAGCAACGUCUUGCCGGCAGAGCAGGUCUCUGAGGAUCUCGACCUUCACGUCGCCGACCUGGCCGAGGUAGCAGACAUUGGCGCCGCUUCCAGCCCUCCCAUCCGGUUCUCGUACGAGUCUCUCUCGUGGGGGACGAGAGUCGACGUCUGGGAGCGCUGCUGGGAGGUCAUCCAACGGGUCGACCGGCCCAACUUUGGCAUGUGCCUCGACACGUUCAACAUCGCCGGCCGCAUCUUCGCCGACCCUACGGCGGCAUCCGGAAAGGUGCCGAACGCCGAGCAGGCCGUCAAGGAGUCCAUUCAGCGGUUGCUAUCCACGGUCGAUGUCUCCAAGAUCAUCUACGUGCAGGUCGUCGACGCGGAGCGCCUCGCCGAGCCCAUCUGCGAGACACACCCCUACUACAACCCGGAACAGCCAUCACGCAUGUCGUGGUCCAGAAAUUGCCGCCUCUUCUACGGCGAGUACUCGAGGGGGGCAUACCUUCCCGUCCGGGAGAUUUGCGCCGCCAUCUUCCAGGGUCUUGGUUUCGAAGGCUGGGUCAGCUUCGAGCUUUUCAACAGGAGGAUGUCCGAGGAGGACCACGAUGUCCCCGAGGAGCUGGCGAGGAGAGGUGCUGUAGCCUGGGCGAAGCUCGUCAGAGACAUGAAGUUGAGAGUGGACGAGUCUUCCACAACGGCGACGGCGUCACUAUAG